CGCAACCACAACCUCGCUAUCUUCUUCUGCUUCUGCUUCUUCCUCUUCCUCUGCUCCUCUGACAACCCGCUGUAUUUCCUCGUCUUCUGUAAUUUCUUCUUCGUUUGUCCCGCGAUUUACUAUUCUGCCUGGCUACCAUCGCUACUACUCCACCCAAUUGCGCACCAUGAGUGCCGCUGACAGAGAUACCCUGCCCGAUGUGGCCAAACCGUCCCACUAUGACCUCUCCCUCUUCAACCUCAAGUUCGGCCCCUCUUGGGCCUACGAGGGACAAGUCAAGAUAGACAUCAAGGUGUCCCGCGAAACCAGUGAACUCGUCCUCAAUGCCAAAGAGCUUACCGUCAACAAUGCUGAGAUCUCUUCUCCCGCUGGAAUCGUCCUCAAGGCAUCCAACAUCUCAUACGACAAGGCCUCCCAACGUGUUACUCUUGAAUUCCCUUCAAAUAUUCCGCUUGGUACUUGUGUCCUCGCCGUCGAUUUCGCAGGAACUAUCAAUAACCACAUGUCCGGCUUCUAUCGAUCCAAGUACAAGCCUCUCGAGACUCCCUCCCCCAGCACCCCCAAGGAUGCAGACCACCACUAUAUGUUGAGCACCCAAUUCGAAGCCUGUGAUGCUAGGCAGGCCUUUCCUUGCUUCGAUGAGCCAAACUUGAAGGCCACCUUCGACUUUGAGAUCGAGACUCCCAAGGAUCUGGUCGCCUUGAGCAACAUGCCCGUGAAAUCAACCCGCGAUGGAUCUUCCGCGGACUUGCACGUCGUCAAGUUUGAGCGCACCCCGAUCAUGAGCACCUAUUUGCUCGCAUGGGCCGUGGGUGACUUUGAAUACGUCGAGGCGAAGACGGAACGCAAGUAUAACGGCGUCAACAUCCCAGUUCGUGUCUAUACCACGCGAGGUUUGAAGGAGCAAGCUCGAUUUGCGGCCGGAUACGCCCACCGAAUUAUUGACUACUUCUCGGAAAUCUUCCAGAUCGAUUACCCAUUGCCCAAAUCUGAUCUGCUUGCUGUCCAUGAAUUUGCCAGUGGAGCUAUGGAGAACUGGGGUCUGGUGACUUACAGAACCACUGCUGUUCUCUUCGAAGAAGGCAAAUCGGACAAUAAAUACAGGAACCGGGUUGCUUAUGUUAUUGCCCACGAACUCGCUCAUCAAUGGUUCGGAAACCUUGUUACCAUGGACUGGUGGAAUGAGCUUUGGCUGAACGAAGGUUUCGCUACAUGGAUUGGCUGGCUGGCGAUUGAUCAUUUCCAUCCGGAACGAAAUAUUUGGUCCCAGUUUGUGGCUGAGGCACUCCAAUCAGCGUUCCAACUCGAUGCGCUCCGGGCAUCGCACCCAAUUGAAGUCCCCGUGAAGAAUGCUCUCGAAGUCGAUCAGAUAUUCGACCACAUUAGUUAUUUCAAAGGCAGCUCGGUCAUUCGAAUGCUGAGCAGCCACCUCGGGCAGGAGACAUUCCUACGCGGAGUGUCGGACUAUCUGAAAGCCCAUGCAUAUGGAAACGCCACCACCAACGACCUUUGGUCAGCUCUAAGCAAAGCUUCCAACCAGGACGUGACAAAAUUUAUGGACCCUUGGAUUCGCAAGAUUGGGUUUCCCUUAGUCACGAUAAAGGAGGAGUCUAAUCAACUCAGCAUUUCCCAGAAACGUUUCCUUGCAUCUGGCGAUGUGAAGGCCGAGGAAGACGAGACUGUUUGGUGGAUUCCUCUGGGCAUUAAGUCCGGAGAGACUAUUCAAGAGCAGAAAGGCCUCACAGCCAAGUCUGACGUUGUUCAAAACAUUGACAACAGCUUCUACAAGAUCAACCUUGACCAAUGCGGCUUCUACCGAACAAACUAUCCUCCAGACAGACUUGCAAAGUUAGGUAAAUCACAGGAACGCUUAAGCAAUGAAGACAAAAUCGGUCUCAUCGGGGAUGCUGCGGCAUUGGCUGUAUCUGGCGAUGGAACCACCACUGCCCUCCUAGCCCUGGUUGAGGGUUUUCAGAAUGAACAAAGUUACCUUGUCUGGUCGCAGAUAGCCUCGUCUCUCGGCAACCUACGUUCAGUGUUCUCAACUAAUGAAGGCAUGGCUACCGCCUUAAAGAACUACGUGAGGAAGCUCGUCACGCCCGCUGUGGAGAAAAUUGGGUGGGAAUUCAAACCCGAAGACGACUACCUCACCUUCCAGUUACGACAUUUGCUCAUUUCGAUGGCAGGAAAUUCCGGUCAUGAAGCAACCAUCGCGGAGGCUAGAAGACGCUUUGAGCUCUGGGCGUCCGGAGAGGACAAGGCAGCCGUCCAUCCUUCCCUCCGGUCCGCUGUAUUUGGCAUAACCGUUGCUGAAGGCGGAAAGAAGGAGUACGACGCGGUGAUGGAAGAGUACCUCCGUACUGACUCCAUCGAUGGCAAGGAAAUCUGCCUUCUCUCUCUUGGCCGUACCAAGAACCCUGACCUGAUCAAAAGCUACGGCAACUUCCUCUUCUCAUCGAACGUGGCCAUCCAAGACCUCCACACAGGCGCUAGUGCAAUGGCUGGAAACUCUCAAGCGCGUCUUGUUUUCUGGAACUUCAUCAAGGAGAACUGGCCGAUGAUUGAGCAACGGCUGACGAGUAAUAAAAUCGUUUUCGAUCGGUUUUUGAGGAUGAGCCUGGGGAAAUUUGCGGAACAUGAUGUGGGGAAGGACAUUGCGGAGUUCUUUGCAGGGAAGGAUCAAGACGGGAUUGACCGGGGCCUUGUCAUUGUUGCGGAUACGGUGAGGACGAAUGCGAAUUAUAAGCAGAGGGAGGAAGCAAUUGUCGCGGGGUGGUUGAAGGAGAACGGGUAUGCUUAAUGUGUAGUGUCCCCUAGGCAUUAGGCAGUGACUUGUCCUUUAUUGCUAUGAUCAUGGGUUCUGAGAGGAAUGGCCAUAAGGACAAGUCAAGGAUGAUCAGAUGGAAGCUCUGAAAGUCACGAUGUGAGACCUAGAAAAAGGGGUUUAUUGUCUGUCUUCUAAGUGUACAUUCCAAUAUAACCAAUAUUUUUUAUCAAUUGUUGUGUUGUGC